CCGGACGCUCUCUACCUCAGAGGUGCACGUUCUUUAUACCACAAACCGCUUCACAUUCACUGGAUUGCAUGAUGUCGACUAAAUUUGAUCCGAACAAUGCCCAAAACUUGGUUGAGAUCGAGAAACAAUUUGCUGUGAAAGCUGUGGAGCACGCUCAGACAUACUGGAACCUCCUUGAGAAGGUCCCACCAAAGGAGCUUCGUUUAACAAAACUUGAUGACGAGAUCUUCGAGCACACCAUGAAGGACUUUCCCGAGCUGGCCGAAGACAACUACGCGAAGCUCGUCAAGCUCGACGAGGAGUGGAUGAAGAGUCCGGAAGGCAAGGAGCGGUGGCGACAGUUCAUUCAGCAAUACGAGAAGAAAGUGAAGGACUACAACUUUGGGUCUCUGAUACGCACGGAUGCGAGAGAAGAGUACGGCGAAAAGAGCACUAUAUUCGUGACGAGAAUACAGUUCUAUGCGAUCGAAAUUGCACGCAAUAGGCUUGGUCUGAACAAUACUGCGCACGAGCUUGCAAAGGCGGAAGCAGAGAAGGAGCGCGAGAAGGCAGAGAAAGAGAAGACAGAGAAAGAGAAAGCAAAGGCGGAGAAGAAAGCAAGCGCAAAGCAGUCCUAGCGGAUCUCUCACGCAAGGUUCAGAUGAUCGAACAACUGAACGGACAACGGGACGAUGUGUCGCAUACUUUACAUCGAGGGAGGCUCUAUACCUAUCCACGGACAUUUUGUUUUCACUUCGGAGGCUGCGGUGGGAGCAUUUACCGACAAGGCUCGUCUAUAUAUGCCAACAAGUCGAAUCCAACGAAGGAUAACACUGCCUCAUGUAAACAUGUAGCAGGACAUUACCUGAGCACAUACAUGUGGCGGCCACAAAGAAAGAUCAGAUUUAACCGUUCGGUACGCCG